CUUCAUCCGGUCGGCGCUCCGUCCGAAUUCCAAAAUCCCCUCUUUCAUGGAAGCUUUAGAUCGUCUAGACUGAAGGAUCCCCGUUGGAAACGCGAUUUAAAGCUUAAUCUUCUUCCAUUUGAUGAAAGAGAAGAUCAACGUAGUGGGGUGUUGGAGUAUCUGCUUUUUUGCCUAAGGUGGUGGAGAAUUUUGUGGUUAUAUUGUCAUAUCUGUUGAAUCGUAGUGGUGUGGAAGGAUGGAGAUGGAAUCAACCGCAAGCAUAUUGCGACCUUAAUAGGCGGGAGGUUACUUGCAUCUUUUCUUGUUCUUCCCCUGGGUUCCUCAUGUAUGAAGGCUUACAAGGGAAUAGGGACUGUACUUUAAGUUGCUUUCAACAUAAUCAAUGCCUGAGAUAAUGAGCGUGCUGAAAGAAACAUCCGAAAACGGUACAGAUUUAUCAGCAGAUGAUAUUGGCACCAUUGAGGAAAUUCCUGAGGACACAAUCCUGUCUCGACAAACUUCUGUUAACCUUGUGCCUUUUAUUGGCCAAAGAUUUGUAUCUCAGGAUGCUGCUUAUGAGUUCUACUGUAGCUUUGCAAAGCAGUGUGGCUUCUCUAUUCGCCGACAUCGUACUCGUGGUAAAGAUGGUGUAGGUAGGGGGAUCACAAGAAGGGAUUUCACCUGCCACCGUGGUGGAUAUCCACAAAUAAAACCAUCAGAGGAUGGGAAGGUGCAAAGAAACCGGAAGUCAUCGCGUUGUGGAUGUCAAGCAUAUAUGCGAAUUGUGAAAAGGGCAGAUUUUGAUGUUCCUGAAUGGCGUAUCACUGGUUUUAGCAACAUCCACAACCACGAGCUCUUGAAGUCGCACGAUGUGCAACUGCUUCCUGCUUACUGCACCAUGUCCUCUGAUGACAAAAGCCGAAUAUGUAUGUAUGCAAAGGCUGGAAUGUCAGUACGACAGAUGCUAAGGUUGAUGGAACUAGAGAAAGGCGUGAAGCUUGGUUGUUUACCAUUCACGGAAAUUGAUGUGAGGAAUUUACUUCAAUCUUUCAGAAAUGUAGACCAUGAUAAUGAUGCUAUUGAUCUUCUGAAAAUGUGUAAGGACAAAAAGGAUAAAGAUCCAAACUUCAAAUACAACUUCAAGAUAGAUGCAAAUAACCGUCUGGAGCACAUUGCCUGGUCAUAUGCUUCAUCAGUUCGUUCUUUUGAGUCUUUCGGAGACGUUGUGGUUUUUGACACAACGCAUAGAUUGGAUGCUUAUGAUAUGCUUCUAGGGAUUUGGCUUGGAGUUGACAAUUAUGGGACAAACUGCUUCUUUAGUUGUGUGCUUCUACGGGAUGAGAAUAUGCAGUCUUUCUGUUGGGCCAUAAAGACGUUUUUAGGAUUCAUGAAUGGAAAGGCGCCUGAAACAAUAUUGACUGACCAAAACAUGUGGCUCAAAGAAGCACUUGCUAUUGAAAUGCCUAGGACCAAGCAUGCCUUCUGCAUUUGGCAUAUCAUUUCAAAGUUUUCAGAUUGGUUUUCUUUACUUCUUGGCUCACAAUAUGAUCAGUGGAAAGCUGAGUUUCAUGGACUCUAUAAUCUGCACUCGGUUGACGAAUUCGAAUUGGGGUGGAGAGAGAUGGUUGAUACCUAUGGACUCCAUGGAAACAAGCACAUUGUUAGCUUGUAUGCACUACGUACAUUCUGGGCACUGCCAUUCUUGAGAUGUUACUUCUUUGCUGGAAUGACAAGUACCUUUCAACCAGAAUCAAUAAAUGUUUUCAUCCAACGGUUUCUGAGUGCACAAUCCGUUCUUGAAAAUUUCGUGGAGCAGGUAGCAGCGGUUAUAGAUGCUAAAGACCAAGCUGCAUCAAAACAGAAGAUGAUUCGGAGAAACCAGAAAGUAUCUCUUAAAACAGGUUCACCUAUAGAGUCACAUGCUGCCACCGUUCUUACCCCAUACGCCUUCUGCAAAUUGCAAGAACAACUCGUGUUGGCCCCACAAUACGCAUCCCUAUUGGUAGAUGAGAGUUACUUCAUCGUCAGACACCAUACCGAGAUGAACGGCGGGUGCAAAGUACUUUGGGCCCCACACGAUGAAUUCAUCAGCUGCAGCUGCCAUGAUUUUGAAUUCUCAGGCAUCCUUUGUAGACACGUUCUUCGUGUUCUAUCAACAAACAACUGUUUUCACAUCCCAUAUCAAUACCUACCCAUCCGUUGGCGUGAUUCUUUCUCUCCACCUUCAAAUUACACAAAACCCCUCCUUAUUCCUACAUCAGGCCAACCUACCGGAAACAUCCAGAUGUUACAAUCUAUGGUUUCAACUCUAGUUUCUGAAUCCAUGGAAACAGAUGAACGCUUAAACUUUGCUUGUGGUCAAAUUAACUUGGUGUUAUCUCGUCUGAAGGAAUUUCCUGGACCAUCUAACGGCGUUAACGAUCUAUCUUACGACCAUAGUCCUCCUGAUUCGCUGAUUCUUCCAGAAGUCGAGGAUUCUGAUGGUAUUGUUCAAAGCUUUACUGGGAAUCCUCAUGAAUCUUUAACUAUUGGGAAGCUGAAAGAGAGAAGGUCGGAUCCUUUAAGGAAGCGAAGGCGUUGCUCUGUGGCCUGCUGUGGGCAGUUUGGGCAUGAUUCUAACGAGUGCCCGUUGAUGGAAAGUGACGAUAUAAAUGGAGAUGGGCUAGGGUUUUUAUAGUUGUAAAGGUUAGAUGUAUAAUUUUAUUUUGUUUUGAAAUUAAUAUACUUGGAAAUCGCUGUCUUUUUCAUCAAUGCAAUGAUAGGUCUGGUUUGAUUACUA